GUAUAUGCCACCGUCCACACUCAAGACGCGUGCUGCCUCGUGUUUGAACGGCCAUCGACCAGAGGGCACAGCAUUUUUGGAGAUGAGGCCUGAUCCACAAACGUAUUCCCUGGAGCCGCCGAUCGCGGAGCCCAGUGGGCAAAGCUUCACGGGAGCCCGGCGAUGGAACUCCCAGCCGCAGAUCUCCUACAUCGGCCCAGGCACAUACAGGACAGAGAUUCCGGCAACCAUCAAAGGAGUUGUCAAGAUGAGCUCUGUCCAAAGGUUUGCAGAGAAUGAUCCCGACGACAUUUGCCCUGGCCCAGGGGCCUACCAUCCAGAAUCCGCCUCUAGACGUGGUGGAGGCAACCAAACCACCUUUGCACGAGCGCCACGGCAAGAGCCGCCCAAAGAGUUCAGCCACUUAGCCGGGGAGCGCCGGGCGAAGGUCAUCAAGAGCUUCUUCCGUGCGGGCACUUUGCCACCUGGCACCUUUCGAUCGCGGGGUCCUCGGCUGCCACCCCGCACCUGCCCACGGAAGAGCAAAAGUGAAAAAGGCCCUGGGCCAGGAUCCUUUGAAGUCAUGAAGCAGGGUGCCAAGAAUGCGUGCAUCUUUAAGACAAGCCCAAGGUGGUCCAAGAAGAAGUCAGAUGAAGGUCCUGGGCCUGGGAGCUACCGCAUCGACCAGGAGAGCAAGCCCAAGCUGGGCAAGUUGGCUCCUAGAUGUUCUCCGCCAAGUCCAGAUGACGAGAGCGAGGGCUUCGUUCCCGGCCCAGACUACAAGGCCCGGCAGAGCGGAAUCUGAAGAGGUCAAGAUUGCUGGGGGCAGCAUCCCACAUUGCAUAUGAACAUAUUACCAGUAUAUAAGCUGAUAUAAGCUGCACAGAUUAUGUAGACAAAAUUAAAGCUUAAAUUGGCAAUGAAUCAAGGAUGAACAGGCUUGUUCUGACUUUGAAGCUUUUGGGGGUCUAAAACCUUCGUUCUUUUGCAAGCCGGGGGGUGACCAGCACAUGUUGUCAUGAAUGCCGAGAGCUUUGUCAAAACCUCGGUGCUCAUAGCAGGGAGGGCCUGGACAUAUGCGUAAGCUGAUUUGCGCAAGGUUAUGCGAGCAAUUUCUUGCUGAAGCACCAGCACAAGCAAAGCGCGUAAGCUUUACUUUUCCAUGUGGUUACUCUACAUGUGUGUGUGCUUCGCAUGUUGAAGCUUUUGGGAUAAUUGGAACCAAUGAACAUGUUGCAGGAGGUUUGGAAUGCAAUUCAUUCCCUGCAGGUACGUGUUCAUGCUCACGAUUAAAAUGCUGAUUGUUUUUAACAAUGCUCACAAGCUCAAAGGUCUACACUCUUUUCCCCGAGUACUGAGAUUUCGAACGUUUCGGAACGAGCGAGACUCGAGUGAUGUCCCGUUGACCCAUUGGUCAAUGAAGCCAAAAGACAGAGACUUUUAAGAGAUCUCACAUCUCACCAACUCCCAAAUUCUGGGGGUGCCUGGAGCAAAAUCGCAAGGGCCUCGAGCUG